AUGGCCAACUUCUUCACCUGCCUCACUUUCUUUCUCUUGCAACACCUUUACUUAUUUGAACUCGCCAUUGCAGCCACGGUGUUCAUAGCCUUUCAACUUUUUACCUCAAGGAGGCAACAUGGCCUACCCAUUUGGCCAGUUCUCAGAAUGCUCCCUUCCCUUAUCUACGGCCUCAAAACCAACCUCUAUGAAUGGCUCACCCAUGUUCUAAUACGUAAAAACGGAACCUUUGCAUUCCAAGGCCCUUGGUUCACCAACCUCGAAUGUGUCAUCACCUCAGACCCACGCAACCUUGAACUCCUCCUCAGAGCCAACUUCUCUUCUUUCCCCAAGGGAAAGUUUUUCAGGUACACUCUUCGAGACCUGCUAGGAGACGGGAUAUUCAACGCAGAGAACGAAGGAGUAAACGUGAGGAAGGUGUAA